CGGAAAAGGUCAAGGAGAAGAAGUGGGAAGGCAGGCAGAAGGGCGAGGACGAGCAGCUUCUUUUUAUAUACAUCCAUGGGAACAACCGUACCUACAGCCGUGAUAGAGUACAGUCUGACAACUAGGCUGCGUGUUUGAAGAUUAAUUCAAGUGCUGUUUUUUGUUUCCAUGUUUUCAGAGUAGCGUGUUUGUAUUAGAAAAUCUCGACUCCACCGUUAGUAGCUUGCUAGCUAGCGUUGUCAAAUAACUAGCUAAAACAGCUGGCACGUUUUUCGCCAUUUUGCGCAUUCAACAGCUCAAGACUUUCACAAACAACAAGGUGGUGCAGUUUGUAUCAUGGCAGAGGCAGACCGACCAGGGAAGCUCUUUAUCGGGGGACUGAACACCGAGACCACCGAGAAGGCCCUUGAGCAAUACUUCAGCAAAUAUGGCAGGAUUGUUGAAGUUAUUUUGAUGAAAGACCGUGAGACAAACAAAUCCAGAGGCUUUGCUUUUGUUACCUUUGAGAGUCCGGCUGAUGCAAAGGAUGCAGCCCGCGAGAUGAAUGGAAAGUCUCUUGAUGGCAAGCCUAUCAAAGUGGAGCAAGCGACAAAGCCUCAAUUUGAGAGUGCUGGCAGGCGAGGGCCCCCCAUGCACUCCCGCAGUCGUGGUCCACCCAGAGGGCCCCGUGGUUCCAGGGGUGGUGCUGGUGGUAUGAGAAGCCCACAAUCCAGAGACUACUAUGAUAAUUCAGGGAAUGUAGAACCCUUCUUUAAAGGGAUGUCAUCCCGAGGUCCCCCGCCAAUGAAAAGAGGACCCCCAGUUCGUAACGGAGGUCCCCCACCCAAGAGGUCGGCCCCAUCUGGUCCCAUGAGCCGAACCCCAUUGUCAAGAGACCGAGAUCCCUAUGGUCCACCCCCUCCUCGUAGAGACUCCAUGAUGUCCAGGAGGGAUGAUUAUCCAUCACCAAGAGAUGACCAUUACAACUCUAAAGACAGCUACUCCAGUCGGGAUUAUAAUUCGAGAGACUCAAGGGACUACGGACCUCCUCAAAGAGAUUAUUCAUACAGAGAAUAUUCCAACUCCAGUUCCCGAGAUGACUAUGGCUCGAUGUCAAGAGGAUACAGUGAUCGGGAUGGUUAUGGUGGAGCCCGGGAACCCAGAAAUUACAUGGACCGUUCAAGUGGUGGCUCCUACAGAGAUUCAUAUGAUGGUUACGGUAACUCUCGCAGCACCCCAACAUCACGGGGCCCCCCACCAUCCUAUGGUGGGAGCAGUGGAAGCAGUCGUUACGAUGACUAUGGCAGCAGUUCCCGAGAUGGCUAUGGCAGUCGUGACAGUUACCCCAGCAGUCGGAGUGACCCAUAUCCACCUAGUCGUGGCGAGCGAAUGGGCAGGCAGGAGAGGGGCCCAGCUCCCCCUGUUGAGAGAGGCUACCCUCCUCGUGAUUCAUACAGCAGCUCAAGCCGUGGGGGGCCACGCGGUGGCCGCGGUGGCAAUCGACCCGAUAGAGGGAUGGCUCGCAGCAGAUACUGAACUGGACUUGGAAAUCACAUUUAAAGCAAACGUUAGUCACCGUGCACUGUUGCAAGUGUUUUGGAAGAAAUCUAACAAGACAAACUAGCCAUGUCUAAAUAUGUGGAAAGUGAGGCUUAGCUUUGACCUGUAUCUUGAAUUUUCCAGUUUUUUAUGUGUAAAAGUUUUUUUGUUUUUGUUUUUUUUAGAGUUUAUCUUGUUCAUGUAACAGUACAGUUACCACGUUAGUGUUAGUUUUUGUACAUCAGUGCUGUUGGAAACUAAAAUGCCCUAUCCGUCUGGCUUUCCUACUCUAAUAAAGCUUUUAGUUGUACCUUGA